UAGUCGAAGUGUUUAGAAGUCAGUUCUGGACUAUUUUGAAUUUUCAAAAAAAAUUUAAAAUGUUGUUGUUAUUACUAUUAACAGCAGCUGCUCUCGUAGUUAUCUACUUUAAAUGGAAUUUUGCACAUUGGCAACGCAGAGGUUUUCCUUACAUCAAAGCAACAAUACCUUUUGGCGUAUUGCAAUCCGUUGUUAAACGUCAACGUUCUUUUGGAAUGGCAAUAUAUGAUGCCUACCAAAGUUCAAAGGAAAAAGUUGUAGGGAUUUAUUUAUUAACUCGUCCGGCUUUGCUGAUUCGAGAUGCACAAUUAGCGCGCGAUGUGCUGAGCAAGGACUUCAAUAGUUUUCAUGAUCGUGGCGUUUAUGUGAAUGAAGAGAAGGAUCCCAUGUCAGGUGGUUUGUUUUUCUUAAAGGGAUCGAAGUGGAAGAUUUUGCGCUCAAAAUUAAUGCCUUCUUUUACUUCGGGGAAAUUGAGAGGCAUGUUUGGUACCAUAGAGGAAACAUCAUAUAGAAUGAUUAAUUAUUUGAACAAUAUUUUACCUGAUAAUGGAUCUGCUGAAGUGGAAUUAAAAAAUCUUUUUUCAACAUAUGCAAUUGAUAUAAUUGCUUCAGUUAUAUUUGGUUUAGAGACAAAUAGUUUCAAAGAACCGAACAAUGUAUUCCGAAAUGUAAGCUACAAAACUAGUGAGCCGACUUAUAAAAGUGUUUUUAGAGGUACAUGCCAAUUUUUAUACCCAAGUUUAGAAAAGUUUUUUGUUAUGUUGGGUUGGACUGAGGAAGCACCAGAAACAAUGAAGAAAAUCGUACGAAAAACUGUUGAACACAGAGAAAAAAAUAAUGUAAGUCGGCGAGAUAUGCUACAAUUAUUACUACAACUCCGCAAUACUGGCAAGAUAAAUACUGACGAUAAUGAAUGGUCCGUAGAAACAUCAGUAGGUGCUUUUAAAUCUAUGUCUGUGGAAUUGAUAGCUGCACAAUUGUUCCUGUUCUAUGUGGCUGGUUAUGAGACAACAGCAUCCACAGUUGCUUUUACAAUUUACGAACUAUCACAAUAUCCGGAACUCUUAGCAAAAGCGAAAAAGGAUGUGGAGGAAACAUUACGCAAGUAUGAAGGCAAACUGAGUUAUGAAUGUGUACAGGAUAUGAAAUUCUUAGAUUUGUGUGUUAUGGAAACUAUACGUAAAUAUCCUGGAUUACCCAUAUUAAAUCGUGAAUGUACAGAGGACUAUCAAAUACCGGAUUCAAAAAUGGUUAUUAAAAAAGGCACAGCGAUAAUAAUCUCAUUAUUCGGCAUGCAUCGUGAUCCAGAGUAUUUUCCUGAUCCAAUGAGGUAUGAUCCAGAACGGUUUCUAGAGGAAAAUAUGAACUAUAAUUCUGUCGCUUACAUGCCUUUUGGUGAGGGACCACGUCACUGUAUAGCUCAACGCAUGGGCAGACUUAAUGCAAAAGUAGCCAUAGCUCAAAUAUUAACUAAUUUUGAUAUCGAAUUACGGGAAAAUUACUGCGAAAUAGAAAUCGAUAAUUUUGGUAUACCAAUUCUCCCUAAAGGUGGAGUAAAUGUACGUUUAUCGAAAAAAAAACAGAAUACAGUAACAAAAGUUUAAUUAAAUAUUCUUCGUUGAGGUAUAAGUCGAAUACUUUUAUUGAUUUAUGCAUUAUCAGCACAAGGUAGUAGAAUGAUUAUAUGAUAAGAGAUAGAUAUUUUUUUGUUCAUAAUUAAUAUUAUCUGAUAGAAUUUUAAUGAAAUA